AUGGAGUCCGACGACGACAUGGGUCUCGGCGACCUCAUGCCGCCGUCACCCCCUCCCCCGGAGGCCACCUUCUCGACCUACACGCUGCCAGAGGGCUAUGGCCCGGAUGAGCUCAAGAUCAGGCUUGUCGGAAGUCACCCGCUGUGGGGACAUCACCUGCUCAUGGACGGUGCGGCCAUUCUUCCUGGGACGGCAGUAGCUGAUGCGGAAGCCCAAGCUGACUUCAGGUGGAACACGGCCCUCGUCACUACCUCGUACAUUCUCUCGCACCCGUCUCUUUCGCGACACAAGCGUGUGCUGGAGCUCGGCGCCGGUGGUGGUUUGCCCUCGCUCGGCUGCGCGCUUGCGGGUGCCAAGACCGUGCUGAUCACGGACUACGCUGAUGCCUCUCUCGUCGAGAACAUCGAGUACAACGUCGAGUCAAACCUGGGCGGCAGCGAGGAGGGGCGUGCCGUCAAGGUGCUGGGACACGUGUGGGGACACGACGUCACGCCGCUUCUGGAGUGUCAGAGCGAGGCCGAGUCCGCCGUCGACGACCCAUUACCCGGGAACGUUCCCAACUUUGACCUCGUCAUCCUCUCGGACCUCAUGUUCAACCACUCGCAGCACGCCGCGCUCAUGAAGACGCUCGAGGGCACGCUGCGCGGCGGUCCCGUGCCCCAGUUCAUCGAGGGCAAGACGCCCUGCGCGCUGGUGUUCUUCACGCACCACCGCCCGUGGUACGCGAAAGAGGACAUGGCGUUCAUCGAGGAGCUUGGCAAGAAGGGAUGGCAGUGCGACCGUGUCGCGGAGCAGUACACCGGCGCCAUGUUCGAGGACGAUCCCGGAGACGAGCGCGUGCGCGGCACCGUGCACGGAUUCAGAUGCUGGCGGAGCAGUGCGCCGCGUGAGCCGCAGCAGGAGAGUGAGGAGGACAAGGCACCGGAGAGCUAG